UAAAUGAUUCACAGCUGAUACAGGAUUUGAAACUACAAUCCCCAAGAACACAGACUCAUAUUUUUUUUUUUUUUAGUUAGCGCAUGCGUCUUUUUAACCACACGCGCACGCGCUCUUCAAGUUUCCGGGACGAGUCCGUUUAUUUCUCAGAGCAGGAGACGGGAUCAUGGCUGUCCUCCUUCGAGCCCUGCCAAGGUUUCAGGGGCCAGCUGUGUGGGGGAGGCCUCUUCAUCGACUGUGGUACUGUACUGGGCAGGGAGAUUCCAGAAGGUGGGUGGGGAGCACGUCCCCCACCUCACAGGAGAAGCCCCCAGGCACAGAGACUGAAAAGUUUCACACAAUCUACCGAUUUAAUGCCAUCAGAGUACUCGGGUAUGUGUCCCGGCUGAAGCUGGCUCAGACAGCUAUGACUGUGAUAGCCCUGCCUCCGGGUUUCUACUCAUACUCACAGGGCCUCCUGACCCUCAAUUCACUCUGCCUGAUGAGUGGGAUUGCCUGCUUUGCCCUGGCCAUGCUGUGCUGGAUGAGCUACUUCUUCAGGAGGCUGGUGGGCAUCCUCUAUGUGAAUGAGUCGGGUACCAUGCUUCGAGUGGCCCACCUGACCUUCUGGGGAUGGCGACAGGACACAUACUAUGCCGUGUCAGACAUGAUACCUCUGACAGAAUCCAAGGACCAGGCCCAGGAAGUGUUUGUACGCAUCCAGCAGUACAGUGGCAAGCAGACCUUCUACCUUACCCUGCGCUAUGGCCGAAUCCUGGACAAAGAACGUUUCUCACAAGUGUUUGGAACCCUGACCACACUCAAGUAAAGAACAGCAACUAGGGAGCUGGAGAGAUGGCUCAGUGGUCAAGAGCAUUGCCUGCUCUUCCAAAGGUCUUGAGUUCAAUUCCCGGCAACCACAUGGUGGCUCACAACCAUCUGUAAUGAGGUUUGGUGUCCUCUUCUGGCCUGCAGGCAUACACACAGACAGAACAUUGUAUAAUAAAUAAAUAAAUAAAUAAAUAAAUAAAUAAAUAAAUAUUUGAAAACAAAUUUAAAAAAAAAAAAGAACAGCAACUAGGCCUCCCAUAUCCCUGGUUACACCGGAUUUUAGAGGGGAAGGCCAAGAACAUUGAUGAGGCAGAAGCUAAUACCCAUAGGCUGGGACUGAAGCUCCACGGUAGACUGCUCAUCUAGCAUGCAGGCAGUAAAACCCUGCAUUCAAUCCCUAGAGCUGCAUAUAAGCAGGCAUGGCUGUGUGUGCCUGUACUCAGCUUUGGAGAUGGAGGCAGGUGGAGAAGAAGGUCAAAGUUGUCUUGGGCCAAAAAAGAAGAUGUUAACCACCUUUAGGAAAAAGCCCUUGGUUGAACAUUGUGCUCAAUAGGGCAUUCUAAAUGCUAUGCCAAGAUCACUGAGGCAGCUCACUGCUAUGAAACCAGAAGGCAGAGGAACAUAGACUUGGAGUCUGGAGACUUGGGUUUUGCUGGACCUCAGCUCCUUGACCUGGGGCAGGGUAUUAAGUCUCUGAGCCUUGAAUUGCACUCUGUGAGAUAGAAGAGCCUUCUCUCGUGGGGAUGGAUGUAAAAAUAGCCAGUAAUGGCUGAGGCUGGACAUGUAGCUGUGUGGUGGAGCUCUUGCCUAGCAUGUAUAAGGCCCUAAGUUCCACCCUCAGCUCCACAGAAGAGACAUACCAGUACAUGCUGCAUGCUGUGCCAGGGCAGCAGCCCAGAGUUUACAGCACCGAGGGAGGCUUCCAGGCGGCCUGCCCCAUUUGUACCCGCCAGCUUGGUGGCUAGUGCUGAAGCCUAAAGUGGGCUUGUUUUUCUCCCAUCAGGAAGUCACUGUGAUGUGGGAUAUCCUUCUGUAUAUGUGUUGCCGUAUUGGUUGGUUAAUAAAGCUGCUUUGGCCUACGGUAGGGCAGAAUAAACUUUAGGU